AUGAGAAAAGAGACAAACGAACUGAAGAAGACGACAAACCAAGCUGUGAAGGACAAAGAGAAAGCUAGCAAUGAGUUUGAGGCACAGAUGGGAGAAAUGAUGGCCACUUUACAGAAAUAUAAACAGGACAACCAGAAGAUUGUUGAGCAGAAAGACAAGGAAUUGGAACAGAUCAAAACGAAGAUCGAAAAAAAAUCAAACAAACAACAUGAUGAUGAGAUAGCGGUACUGAGAGACCAAAUUGAAGCAUUGAAAACAAGCCUCGAGACAACUCAGGAAGAAAAGGAGAAGAGUGCAAAUCUUCACGAGGAAGAAAAAUUGACAAUCAGCAGGCUGAGUUUAGACCUGAAAGAAAAGGAUGAAGAAUUUGCCAAACUCUCCAAACUGCUCGAAAACCUUCAACAAGAAACUGAUGUUCUGAAAGAACAAAAAAUGGAGUGGUCCAAAACCAAGGAAGAUGAAGCUGUCGUCAUCAAAGAGAUUAGGCCUGCUCGUUCGGAGAAGCCAAGGGUACAAGAGGUUCCACGGACCCCAGUAAUUAAGAUCACAUGA